CCACCCCCAGCCAUAUGCAAUGGAGACUACUACAGCAGCAAUAGAAAUGCUUUUCAAUAUGCAACAGUGGUCACUGUUUGUCUCAUUGGGCCAGAUAGAGAAAAGCUGUUUGACUUCGUGGAAGAGUAGUCAAUAUCCUGUACCAGCAAAGACAAUCAACUGGAUAUUUGGAGCAGCCCUCCUCCUCAGUGUGUUUCUGCUAAUAAGUACACUCCAGAAGUUGAAAAUGGAAUUAGAUUAUUUGGAAGUAGGAGUUUAUAUUCCUUAAAUGUGAUUGUGAGAUUUACAUGUCAGCCUGGCUUUGUCAUGAAAGCACCCCAACUGCAAUGCUGGGCCAACAACACAUGGGUGCCUGAGAUGCCAAGCUGCUCCAGGGUGUGCCAGCUGCCUCCAGAAAUCCGGCAUGGUAAGCACACCCCAAGAAAUAAGGAUGACCUUUCUGGGCAGGAAGUGUUCUACAGCUGUGAGCCCAGCUGUGAUCUCAGAGGGGCUGCUUCUCGGCACUGUGCACCCGAGGGAGACUGGAGCCCUGCAGCCCUGAGAUGUGCAGUGAAAUCAUGUGCUGAAUUCCUGGACCAACUGUCUAAUGGCCAUGUGCACUUUCCACUUAAUCUCCAGUUCGGGGCAAAAGUGUCCUUCAUUUGUGAUGAGUGGUUCCGAUUAAAAGGCAGCUCCACUAGUCGUUGUGUCUUGGUUGGAAUGAAAAGCCUUUGGAGCAGCAGUGUUCCUGUGUGUGAGCAAAUCUUUUGUCCCAAUCUGGCUAUCAGGAACUACACAAGAACUUCUCUGGGAGACAUCCCCUAUGGAAAAGAAAUUGCUUAUACAUGUGACCCCUACCCAGACAGAGGGAUGAAUUUCAACCUCAUUGGAGAGUGCACCAUCAACUGCACAAGUGACAGCCAAGGGAAUGAGAUUUGAAGCAGUCCUGCCCCUCGCUGUGAAAUUUCUGGUUCUGUUAGUCAGUGCACAUUUCCCCAUGCUCCAGAUAGAUCAGAAUAUCUAGCAAUAAUACCGAUGGAAAAUCUAAAGAAGUGAUUAUCCAUUUACAUCCCCAACAAAGCAGCUGUGUUCAUCCUCAAAGUCUGCAAACAAAUCGGGAGAAUGGCAGUGUCCUUCCUUGACAGUGUACUAUAAAGCUGGAGAACGCCUCGAAUUAAAAUGUUGGUUGGAAAGGAGCCAAUUCAUUUCAACAAAAGAAGAUCUGAGACUCAUAAAAUCUUUGACGCGACUUCACACAGACGCAAAUAUGU